GCUGUUGCUAUCAAUAUGGCGGUUGUCAGCCAGACAAAGACAGUCAGUCUGAUGUGAUUGAGACAAGGGAGGUUUUCAGGGGGAGACUGGGAGAUAGGGGGCUCCCCUCCCCCCCGCUGCUCUUCCUGCUUGGGCCUGGAGCCCUCCUCAGCCCCUCCCGCAGGGCGCCCUGCGGUGAAGAUCCCCUCCCCCUCCCGCCUUCCUCCUCCCUCCCUCAGCCUUGCUCUGGGACGCUGGGGAGGGGGCUGAGCCUGGUGCAGAGAACUCAGCUGGGCUUCCGAGAAUGGUAAAUAAGGCUAGCCGUCUCUGGAAAGGCCACUGAUCCGCCUCAUGUAAAGUAUGCUCAGUUCCUUCCCAGUGGUUUUGCUGGAAACCAUGUCUCACUAUACAGAUGAACCCAGAUUUACCAUAGAACAGAUAGAUCUGCUCCAACGUCUCCGGCGUACUGGGAUGACCAAACAUGAAAUUCUCCAUGCAUUAGAAACUUUGGACCGUCUUGAUCAAGAGCAUAGUGAUAAGUUUGGAAGGAGAUCCAGCUACGGGGGAAGCUCCUAUGGGAAUAGUACCAACAAUGUUCCAGCAUCUUCCUCUACAGCCACAGCUUCUACACAGACCCAGCACUCCGGAAUGUCCCCAUCACCCAGCAACAGUUAUGAUACCUCCCCACAGCCUUGCACUACCAAUCAAAAUGGGAGGGAGAACAACGAUCGAUUGUCCACAUCCAAUGGGAAGAUGUCGCCAUCUCGCUACCAUGCCAACAGCAUGGGUCAGAGGUCAUAUAGCUUUGAAGCCUCAGAAGAGGACCUAGAUGUAGAUGAUAAAGUGGAGGAAUUAAUGAGGAGGGACAGCAGUGUGAUAAAAGAGGAAAUCAAAGCCUUUCUUGCCAAUCGGAGGAUUUCCCAAGCAGUUGUUGCACAGGUAACAGGUAUCAGUCAGAGCCGGAUCUCUCAUUGGCUGUUGCAGCAGGGGUCAGACCUGAGUGAACAGAAGAAAAGAGCAUUUUACCGAUGGUAUCAACUUGAGAAGACAAACCCUGGGGCUACGUUAAGUAUGAGACCAGCCCCUAUUCCAAUAGAGGACCCUGAAUGGAGACAAACACCUCCUCCAGUCUCUGCCACACCUGGAACCUUCCGACUCCGGCGGGGGAGUAGAUUUACCUGGAGAAAGGAGUGCCUAGCUGUUAUGGAAAGUUACUUCAAUGAGAAUCAAUACCCAGAUGAAGCAAAGAGAGAAGAGAUUGCCAAUGCUUGCAAUGCAGUCAUACAGAAGCCAGGCAAAAAGCUGUCUGACCUGGAACGAGUUACCUCUCUGAAAGUUUAUAAUUGGUUUGCUAAUAGACGGAAGGAGAUCAAGAGGAGAGCCAAUAUCGAAGCAGCAAUCCUGGAGAGUCAUGGGAUAGACGUACAGAGUCCAGGAGGCCACUCCAACAGUGAUGACGUGGACGGGAACGACUACUCCGAGCAGGACACUUGGCAAGCACGCAAUGGGGAGGAGGAGGAGGGAAGAAGUUCAGAGGGAGGCAGAGAAGCAGAGAAGGAUGACAGCACGAGCCAUAGUGACCACCAAGAUCCCAUCUCACUAGCUGUGGAGAUGGCAGCCGUCAACCACACUAUCUUGGCAUUGGCCCGGCAGGGAGCCAAUGAGAUCAAGACAGAGGCCCUGGAUGAUGACUGAUCAGGGAGGAUCACACGGUUACUUAGUUUAGACGUAGCACCUUAGCAGACUUUCCUCGGUCCUUAACAUGUGUUCUUACAGUAUAACUUACAGUUUCUUGUAUGUCAGGUAGCCGUUAGGGUCUUGUUCUGUGAAGAUGGCAUGGUGCCCUCCGCCUUUGCAUAUACUCUCUCAGUAUUAAAAUCCCAGUAAGUAAUAACCAACCAAACAAACGUCCCUCUCCCAGCCCCCGAGGCUAAAGAAAUCUUGCUGCUCCGUCUUAGCAUCCCAAGAGAGUGCUUCCAGUUAUAUAGAUAACCCUCGGUUCUCAAGUAGUAGGCUCUGUGUAAAAUCUUGGGUACCUUUAGAUUCAUGUAACACUAGGCUGUACCCUGUUCCUGCCCCAAGACUGACAGGAUGCAAGCUGAGGUAGUGGCACAGGACCAACAGACACCAUCCAGGAAGUAGCCACGGAGCACAAGGAACACUAGAGCCCCGCCUCAGCCGGAGAGUCAUUGAUUUCAGCUGCAAUAAGCCGUGCCUCCUAGUCACAGCGUGACUAGACUAUACUUCUUUGGGUGCUGUGCUAAGAACGUCAUUGGAAUCCCGAGCUCAGACCUUGGUUAGUGUUAAUAUGGCCAACACAAACAUCCUUUCCUCUCGCAAGCUGUGUGACUUAGUAGAUAACAUACUGCCUUCUGCCUUUGGGACCACGAUCCUAAAAUGAAAAAAGACAAAAAAAAAAAAAACACGUUCUGAAAAAGCAGAACCCAGCUUGAGAGCAUAGGGGAAAGCAUGAGCUGAGUGUCAGAUGGAUGCUAAGCCCAGUUCUCAGAGCCGCUAAACAUUCCACAGCGUGGUGCCAGCCUUCCCGGGAGAGUGCUGGAGAUACCAUGCAGGUCGCUUUGUCUCCUUGGUGCCCCCUCCCUGCUACCAAACACAUCUCUGAGGAUAGAGCUGAGGUCAAGUGAGUGAAAGGUCAAGCUUUGUACCCAUCACCUGAAGCCUCCCAGGGUUGCUAGAACUCUCCUGGGGACUGUGCUGCCUCGACUGUCACAGAUGCAGAUCCUUGCCUAGCUAGGGGCAGAAAAAGCAGGGGACAUUUACCACUUAUAUCCUGAGUGUGGGACGCAGCAGGAUGUGUUUGCUCUGCUCCCAUUACUCUGUCCUUGUGGAGGUGUGAAAGCUAUAUUGCUAUAGGCAAUUUAUUUAAUAAUUGGAAGCCAUAUUGAUAAUGGAUGUGGUAAUACUUGUAGUUUAAUCUACUUUAAGCGGCAGUAACUAAUGGAAUUUUUUUCCUUGAUCACAUAUGUAGCACUUUUGUUACUUUUUAAAGAUAUUUAUAUUUGAUAAAUCUUUUUUUCAUUUUGAGAACUCAAAAUACCAAACAGUGAACUUAUGUUAUAAAGUCACCCUGCGAUCACCUUGUCAUCUAGUAGCAAAAUGAUGAACUAUUCAUGCAUCAAAGGAAAUUACAUCUGCUGGCCUUGUAUGAAAAUGAUCCUGGCAACCUGAUUAAAUGACACACUGUCACUGUGGGCAAGAAGAAGCAGCCUUCAGUGUGUUGGCACAGUGUGUGUCUGAGAGAGGCUAAGUGUUUUCUGCCUCAUCCCAUCUCUCCUGUGUGUCCGACAAAGCCUUGUUUGGAGGGCAGUGUGGAGUGGGCCAUUAAGCAGGGCUUCCGUCUUUUUGUCCAUUACCUGAACCAAUUUCUAAGACAGAAAGUAGGUACUGUCUCCUUAGCUCCUCCUUCACCAAAUGUGUUUAACUUCAGAGCUGUUGAGAGAGGAGGGCACACUGACCCUCCUUCUCCCCUUCUUGCUGGCGGAUCCUCAGUAUCCACAGCACUUAGCUGGUCUUACUGGGGCACACUCUGACUGGAUGAUCCCUUUAGCUGUCAGUCUUGGUUACAUGAAUGUGAGGAGUCGUCUUUAAGGGGCCUGAGGAUGCCACCCCACCUACGUCUGAGACUUUGAAGAGCACUACUAGGUAGGGCCUGGUCCUGCUCCUGUCUAUGGAUUUCAGGGGAAACGUGUGUUUUUCCCAGCUCCGAAAACUGAAGUAAAAUGGAGCCAUCUUCUCUUACUGUAGUACUUGAACCCACAAAUUUAAGAGUAGCAUUUCUUAUUCUCAGGAACGAGCGCCCCACACCUAUUUAGAAUCUUCCAUGGUUUAUUUGAUUUAUUUUAUUUCACUUAGGAGAUUGCAUUGUCUUUCUUUGCUUUUGUUUACUCAGAGGAAUAUACCUAUUGUGUCUUUCCAUUGUGGUCGGGUUUUGUCUGCUCAUUCUCAGUUGAAUCAGAAUGAACAGGAGGGGGAACCAUAUUUUUCUGAUGAGCCACAUCCAUGAUUUACCAUGAGGUCAUUGUAACUGACGAUUUCUUUAUGGUGCCAUUGCUCUUGUCAUUUGUUCUCGCUCGCCUUGUCAAGGGAACCAAGGGAACAGACUUCAGCUGUUCCGACAGCUCCAGUUUCUACGGGAACUCUGACUGCAACAGAAAAGCAAACCCUUCUGUUGUCCUAAGACCUUUGAGAGAGAAGAAUGCAGCAGGGGAUACGGCUGAGGCUGGAGCUGGCUGGUGCAGGCAGUUUCAGCUCUGUGUGACAGUGUGGUGGCCCUGGGAGGGCACAGCUGCCACAGUGGCUGGUCCUGCUGCUGGAGAAACUGCCGCAUGCCCACAGACUCACAGCCUUACACCGAACCUGCGCUUUCUGACCCACAGUGGGAAUUUGCUUCUUUGGGAACAAGGUUCAAAUCUACUAUCAGGUGGUUUCCUGGGGGUCACCGGGUUCUACUUUUGUGUCCCGGUCCCUGAGCUCUCGGGAUGGCCUCAGAACUGCCACAUUCACUCCUCCUUUGGGUGGUAAAUCUUUCCUGAAGAUUUUCCGGGUUUUAGGUAUCAAAUUAGAAACUUAAGCCUCCCAGCUGAAAGGAAAAGAGCUGUGCUCUUGCUUGCCUGUCUCUGCUCAUACUUCCUCCUGCACUUCUGUGGCCCCGGGGAUCUCUGUCAGGAGUUGUGCCUUCUUGACCAAUGAAGAUGUUGAAGGGAGGGGAGCAGGCAUUCAGAGAGUGUGCUGUGGUUUUAUUUUUUUCAGGCACUUUGAGUUAUUAUUGCUGGGUAGGAAGGCAACUUCUCACCUUCUAGUACCUUACAUGACGACCUGUUAACAAAGGACCAUCUUAAGAUAUUCCUGCCUAUCUAAAGACAGUCGCAGCCAGCAGCAGAGGAUAGCCAGGAAGGGCAGUACAGUGCUCUCCUGUGUGCGACUGUGCAGUGCCCUCAGUUCACAACAGCCACACAAGGCAGGCCACAGGUGGAGGGACCUGGGAUGGAGAGGCAGACAGCCCCUUGGUUCCGUGACCUUGGAAAGACAAGAGUGAGCUGGAAGCCUGUUUGGACUCCUGUACCCCACUCCAGAGCUCCAGUUCCUGGGAGGUUCAUCAUUCAGCCACACCUAGUUUUUUAGGAGCAGAUACCUGGAUUUAUUUUCACCUUGUGGGGAUAGAAUACAGAGAGCUGUGAUACAGUCAUCUCAGCUCUCUAGCUUUAGGAAUUCUUGCUUUAAAUUCUUCUUGGCCACAGUCAUCAGGCACCAGCGAUAGAGGGCCCUAGUCCACCUGGACACUCCGUCUCUCUCCAUCCCCUCCUUCCAUUUUGUGUCAGCACUACAUCUGUCUGGAGCGGACUUCACACGACAUUUUCUCUCGUCUGAUCACAAGCUUAGUGGGUAGCCUUAGUCCACCUCCAGACUCGAACCCUCCUUCCUCUUUUGGGUAGCCAAAACUCCAUUUGCCACGCCCACUUCCUUUGUCUACGCUGAGAAUAAUCCCCUUUCCACAAUGACUUCUCUAGUCUGUUCUAAGAAUGUUUCCUUCAAAUCUUUAUUCUCUCUCAUCCCAAAAAGGAUUUGGUUAGAAGCAGCAUCACUCACUGCAUCCCCUUUUAUUGUUUUCGAGACAGGGUUUCUCUGUGGAGCCCUGGCUGUCCUAGAACUCACUCUGUAGACCAGAGUUGGCCUAGAAUCAGAGACUCACCAGCCUCUGCUUCCCGAGUGCUGAGAUUAUGGGCAACAUUCCCCAGGCGGUGGUGGCUCACGCCUUUUAUCCCAGCACUUGGAAGGCAGAGGCAGGCCAACCUCUGUGAGUUCACCACCAGCCUGGUCUACAGAUCAAGUUCCAGGACAGACUUUAUAGCUACUGAGAAACCCUGUCUCGAGAAGCAAACAAACAAAAAAUCCUAAACAUUCCCAUUUAACUCAACUCUACUUUUAUAUUAUUUUCCUCUUGUUCAAAGAACAACCUGAGUUUUUCCCAUGAGCCUCACCAAGUUCCUAGGCAAUAACUUUUCUUGUGGUCGGUGGUCUUGUGCUCAGAGGCUCUCUGCCUCCUGCCGUGCAUCAGUCUCUGUGCAUCUCUGUGACGCCUCCCUAUUGCUAUCAUUAUCAGCUAUGUUUUACUACUGCGGUCACUGAGGCUGUUCUAAGGCCAGCCAAGUCCACUUACAGCUAUACUGAGCCAAACUCAUUUUUUACGAUUCUCCAAGUGAAGGUUGGAUGCAUCGAUCAGUUCUGCUGUGCGUGUGUUUGAGUGGGAGUGGAUUGGGAUGCACUGGGGCAGGGGUAGGAAUUACACGUGCACAGCAUUCCUUUGUGUGCGAGCACAUGCUUUGUGUGUGCACAAGUAUGCUUACUCGGGAUCGGGCCACCAGUUAUCAGCCAUACUAAAUUUAGCAACCUGAGCGAGAGCUCUGAAGACCCUUUAGCAAUCAUCUCCGUAGCAUGUGUUGUGACUGUCAUGGUAAGCACCUGGACAACCGUGAGGCUUUCCAGGGAGGCAGCCAUGCAUGGCCAGCCGCUUUCUAAGGCUGUCAUGGUAGCCUGUGCUAAGAACAGGAGCCCUGCCCUGCACAUCCUCUUUCAUCACACACCCUCCAUUUCAGAGAUGACCGUCACUUUAAGAGGAGCCUUCAUUGCACUAGAGAACUGACGUAUGAAGGCAGAUUGGUGUUCUGGUUGCAGAAGCUUCUCUCCUACAGAGUGUGUUCCAAAAGGCUUUUCUUAAAACCAUUUGUUUCUAAACUGAAGGGCAAACAUUAUGCUUGCGGCAGAUACAGGUCUGACAGAUGCUCAGAAAUGAAGCCUUGUGCCCAUCUAUGGACUGUUAGAAACUGAAGUUUGAGAACUGAGAGGUUUCUGUAGCUACUUCAUUACACUAUUGGGGGGGGGGGGGGGGGGGCUGUUAAGAAAAAAAAAUCAGAAAAAUCGGCUAGUAACCUGAGUCACCCAGACCUCCACAACACUGAUUUUCUUCUUUCACCAAGAGGGAAGGUUCCUUCAGCUGUCUGUCAUCUCAUCACCAAGGGCCCAGAUGUCCUCCCAAGCUGCUUUAUCCUUCUUGACAUCUAUCAGAACUGAAUGGAGUUGGUUCCUCUUGGGGGAGAUGUGAAAAGUCUUCUUCCACUGGUGGGGUUCCCUCCCAAGACCAUCCCGCCCUUCACCACUAGCCCUUGCUAGGAGCAGGUGAACUCUGCUGCCUUCCUUCGCUGCAAGCCCUUUCUGUUUUCAGGCCGAGUACUAUUGUUGAGGAACUUGGUGUCCCACUUAGAAUACCCAGGAGGCCAGCUCCCCUGACUCCGUGUCCGUCUUCUCUCUCUUUAAAUAAGACUGGCUCCAUACAGCCAUAAUUAACUCACAAAUCCAUGGUGGUGUACUGUGAUCAAAUGAAGGUUUGGCUGAGUCUUUUUUCGAACUGUAACCAUGGUAAUUGAGGAGGGAGCGAAGAAUGAAUAUAUAAAGUAUAAUGGCAAUUGUUCCGAAUGACUGAGUGUCCUCCUGACAUGUAAUUAGCUGUUUUAGCAGGAUGUAGAUUGGCAUGGUCAUAAUUAAGAGGAUUUCUGUCCUUUAUGUGAUUGAGAAUAGCAAAGCACCCAUCCUUGUUCCCUUCAAGCACUAAUGCUCCCGAGAACAUUGAGAACAACAGCUCAGUAAACCAAAAUAAUGACAUGGGAUUCAUGGCUCACCCGGGUGAGAAAGGAUUGGGAAUCAUAUCCGGUCCAGAAUGGACUGCUUUUUGCCUGCAUCUGACUUUGAAAUUCUCUGAAACCUCUCGUGUCCAGUUUCAACCUAGUCUCCUUUGGCCAGAAACUAGUCUGCAAACUGAGACAGCCUCUCGCAGAGCCUCUGUCUCCAUCCUCUCGCCGGUAGCUGGGGCACCUCUCCUGGGGAUACCUGCUGCUUUACUGGGCUUCGUGAUACUUUUAGGCUUUUCCUUGGAAACUUAUUUGCACUGCCAUGACCAUCAGAAAGUGUCACAUGGGAGUUUACAGAGUUGAGUAGUGGUUUCCUUAUGGGACCAUAAGGCCCAGAACAGAUAACAUGACAAGAACAGGUACACACAGGAAGGUGUGAGCUCAGGCCCUAGGAGCAGGUGUCGGCACACCCCAUCUUGCUCGUGUCAGGCUUGUUUGGCUAUUGCACGCCUCCUAGUGAUAGUCUGCUGUCAGUGCUGCGUCUUGACCCUUCAGAAGCCCCCCAGUUUGUUUAUUUUCCUUGUGUGCCUGUGCCUUCAGGUAGGCGUCAUGUAAUCCUCCUAGCCUGUGGCGUCCUCAUGACCAGGAACUGCAGGAAUUGCUAGUCCUCCAGCUGAUGCUUAGUUUGUGCUUUUUUUUUUCUUUCUAGUCAUCCUUUGCAGGAGCCUUGGUUCAGUUAGAGGAGCAGAAGGGUCCACAGGAAUGCCAGCAGCUACCAGUGCUAAGUGGCCUUUUAUAAGCUCUCUGCUGCCCGUGAGGCUCAAGACUCCGGUGAGGUUAGUUGGAGUCCAUGAGCCCUGUCCUUUCUCAGGCUGGACACUGUGGGUUUGGGUAGUAGCUGUGUGUGUGUCUUCACCCUUUCUACAGAAUGUGCCCCUCUCACCGGAACACUAGUCAACCAGGAUGCUGGUCUUAGCUCUGUCGUGUGGAGUGGCUGGAGUCGAGUACUUGCCUAGAAAGGUCUAGAUCGCCCUCUUCCCUCAGCACACAGACACACAGAGAGUGCGGAAAAGAUUCUGUUCAUGGCGAUGCUUCGGUUUGAUUCCUCCAGAUACCUUCAGUGAAAUGUGCACAGGUCAGACGUGCGCUCCUUGGGACCUUGCUGAGGACAGUGGAUUUUGAACCGUCUUACUUCCCCAGCUGCUGAGUGAUAGUGGUUAUCUACGUUUCAGCUUCUGAUUCGAUUCUGAAAAGUCACUAUUUGGGCUGAUUUUGUGAUUUGUACGAUACGUACUACACACAACAGUACGUAGAGUCUUUGGGGGACCAGAAUUGGCAUUCAACUAGAAGUCCCUAAUGUUACCUGCUUGGGUGCUCCAGGGGGCCACUGGUUAAAAACAUACUACCCAAGGUACAUAGUCCUAUAUUCCCACAGAUACCCCCACCUUAACACGCAAAACUGGCUUAGUUGUCAAGGACAGUGUAGGUAGUAUUUGCCUCUGAAUAGCUUUUUUAAAAAAAAAAAAAAACUAAUCCCAAAAAUGAUUAUUGUAAGAAUCGGAAGAUGCUGGCAUUUGGGGAAUGUGUCAUCUUGUUCUGCUGAGGUCACUGCCAACCUGCCUGCUGUUCUCUGGCAGCACUGGGUCACCCCAGUGCCACAGACACUUCUGUCAUCCUCUUCUCUGCAGCCUUGUGCUGUGGGGUGCUAGCCCAGCCCUCCCCACUUGCCGGCGGCUGCCCUGAAGCCUGCUCUUUUCAGUUCUUGCAGCACUUAACUCCUGGGACUUGGGCAUCAUGCUUGAGUUCCCAAGUGUGUGGUGAACACUCCCACGAACCUGCUGUCCCUCUACCACAAGAAAGGGAGGUAGGGGCAUUGAGGAAUCCAAGGUUCUGGUGUUGGGUAUCAGUGCCACGCUGCCAUGACCUUGGCUCCUCAUCAACACUGACCACCCCAUAAGUAAAUGCCUGAAGACGUCCCCAAAUUUAGGCCUAGAAUAAGAACUUUUUAAUAUUUGGAAUCCAGGAAUAGAGCAAGCUGCCUCAGGAUCACGUGGAGGCUUAGUAUUGGUCAGGCACCGAAUAAGGGAGAUCUUCAGGUUGACCUGUUCCACUCCUCUCCCCACCUUCUUUUCUAGCUCUUUCUCACAAAAGUAGGUUCUCCAAGAGUUGGCUGGGUCACUGUCCUCUUCCCAUCUCUUGUCACAUCAUGGGUAGCCUUAAAGCCCAAGACAAUGAAAAGUACUUGAGGAACAAGGCUGAGGGACCCAGCAGGCCAGCUCCUGGAGCUUCUGACACCUUAUUACUACACUAGCUGGCCAGAGUGUGUGUGUGUGUGUGGGGGGUCUUAACAUUAUCCUCAUUCUGCCCCCAACACCUUGAUUUGGAGAGAAAGAAUAUGUGUGCCUUUCAUUUUGGUAUGAUCAAGAUUUUGCAUCUCUGUUGGUGGCCAAAGGUGCCAUGGAAAUUGUGGAAUAAAAUCAGUGCCUGAUGCCUACCCAGGGCUCAAGACAGAGGCCAGUCCCAGGGACUUGUGUUUGAAGGUUUGUUGCUCCCUCCAGGAUUUCGUUUCUCAGUGCUUCCAGGUCAAAUCUCUCCAGUCUUGUUUUGUAUCUUCCUAAGCCCAGAAACCCCUCCCAUUUUGCUUUACUGGAACUAAGAGCCCAGCCUAAACCUGUGAGGCUGUCUGUCCACUCCAUGGCUUACUGCGGCCAUUAGACUAGAAAACCAAAUGGCAUUAGAGUUCUAUGAACACAAACAGCAGCCACUCUGCUGAUGCUUCCUGGGCCCUGUCUGCAGGCGGGGAGGUGCCUGUGGGAGUCGUGUGUGCUGAGUGGAGUGAGUGCUCGUGGCUGCUCUCAGAAAGCAAUCCCUUUAUCAUUUGCCUUGAUGCCCAUGUUGACUGUACUGAAAUCUGUGGGGACCUCAUCAUGCAUCUCUGAAAAUGGGCACCAGAAAAACAAAACCAAAGUUCUCAGGGUGGGUAGAGUUUUCCUUCCAAGCACUGGUCAUUCUGGCAAGCUUUCUCCUUCCUGCUCUUUGGUUCUCCCACAACACCACUAUGAAAGCUCCCUUCUCUGGGUGGUUCUCACAGUGACCCUGAGCAGUGUCAGGGUAGCUGCAUCUCAUCAGGUGCAGAUCAGGGACCACAGUGGCCAGACUGGCCCUGAGCCACUACAUAACUUCACUGGCUGCAAGAUAGGACACUCUCUACAGGGUGCCAGGAGUGUGGCAGUUGCCUCCCCUGGAAGAGCCUACAGCCUUCUCCGAGAUCAUGGGCUCAACCUCUCCUCCAUGGUGGUCAUGGUUGAGUCGAGUCUGCUGUACCUUCCAGGAUAAAAUUCUCAUUUAUUUUAAGUGCCUAAGCAAGUUACAAACCUCUGGGACCUGCCGAGAGUUGGCCUGUGCCCUGUGCUGCCCACCAGUGUACCUAGCCUCAGGGUGGGUGUCGUGCACCCGCCAUCCACCCAGUGCCCCUGCCAUUCUGCCUUCAGAAUGGUCACAGGGGCAAGCGAGGGGAGAGGGCUGGCUUUGUCACUGUCUCCUGUGUUCCUUCUGUUGAUGUGACUGUGGUCUCGAAUCCUAGGUGGAUUUUAAGGAAUCUACUUAGCUAGGUCUAGCUCAGCAGCUACCGAGUGAAGCAGCAGGCGUGAGACAGCUUUUGCCUGUUAGCACUGGGGGAACAUUCCAGCUCAGACGGCUGACAGGCAGGGAUCGUGGUUGAUAGACCUGUGCCCUUUUGCCACCGUGAGUACUGGAGCCAAAGGCCAUCAUCAGUAGAGUCGCAUUAAGACCCAAUGUGCAUUUUUCAAAAAGCGUUGUUUCGUUUUGAAAAUCAAGUCUAAACUAGAUUCAGGCCUUCAUUUACAUGAGGGAUAGGACAGAUUAGUGACUGUGCUGUGCUCUGUUUGUCUAACACAGGUGAUGAGUGGGACGGGAACAGUCCAUAUCCAGACACCCGGGGUUUCUUUUGUUCAGACAGUGGGGUAGUGCAAACACUGGUCCUCUGCAUGUAACAGGCAUGGACGACCUUACCAGUAAAACUGCCUCACCUAGAGAAAGGAAAGCUGUGGGUGAGUGGCCAAGUGGUGAUGAAAACGAGGCUCUGUGGAGCAUGCCUACCGUGCUGCCCCCAGGGGUGCUGUUACCCACUCCCCUAGAUGCAGCACUCAUGGCCUCGGGCACCUGCUGGGCCCAGUGAGACUGAGGAAUGUCAACCAAAUGCAUGACUGAGGGGGGACAGCUCUGAGGCAGAGCAAGAGGGUCAGGGUUCUGGGCCCUGACUGGACUUGAACAUUCUAGGAAGAGCCGAGUGCUGAGGAGUGGCAGCCACUCCUGUUGGAGCACAGCUGGUGGAGCUCACCGUGGGGCUGGGAACAAGCUGGCACGGCCAGCUGGGAAGUGGAAAGCAGGCUUCUAUGUUUGGACCAGACACCAGGGACCCGAUGUCUUGAGGUUGCCCGCAGGCAUUCAGUGUGGCUGUGUAGGAUCCUGCUGGAUGGGUGGGGGAAGAGGGCAGAGCGCCCUCCUGGCCUUGGCCAUUGUGUGUCUUAGUCUCUGUGUUUUCCUUUGGUGUCUCCUCUGGUCUCUGUCCCCAUCUUGUGUGCCAUGUAUCCCUGAGGGUGUUGCACCUGUGUCUGAGUCUGCUGUAAGGUGUUCAGUCUACCUCAAGGGGUCAUCAUGGCAAGCUCUGUCCACAUGGAAUCCUCCUUACAUGCCACACACACUGGAAUGUAUACCGUCCCACCCUAUAACCUCCUGACCCCAUCUUUUCCGUAAUCACCACAGACUCCUAGUGCAAAUUGGAUGCUGCUUUAAAUGUGAAAAAAUUGUUCAAAAGCUAUAAAAUCUGAAUGAAAGCUAAAGCUGAAUUUAUAAGCCUUGUUGCAUAUGAGCCAAAAGUGCAAAAAGCUCUAUAUAAUGAACUAACCUGCCACUCGUAUAAAUAUAAAUAUAUAUAAAUAUAUUAAAACCAGACUGUUCUACAAAAUUGUGUAUUUGUAUUUUUGUGUACGUACAAUUUUCUGCUAAGCAGAAGGAGGGUGUAGUAUAGGGCGCUGUGAGAAGAGAUUUGGUUUGAUCCCAUUUCUUUGUUACUAUUUUUGUUAACAUCAGAUGCCUGUCUUUGUCUUCUCUGUGUAUGACACUGUUUGGAAAGCUGCAGUAUCCUUCUUCCUUAGGCCGGAGUCUGUGAUGAUAAAGCUGGGGUGCAGAGAGGUGUCUUGGCCACCCAAAGAGGGAGCAGGCUUGACUCCCAUCGUGCUCCUAGGGAGUCAUGAGGCGGCCCUGAGGGAGGGAAGUAGCUGCACCCUGAGGCUAGGCAUGGCAUUCUGACUUGUCUCUGGAAAGCAAACUCCCCUUCUAGAAACCAACUUCCCAGAAAAGACCACUGGACACUCAAACCCAGGGAGCAAGGGGAACUUCUGUCUGUUGCCCAGGUGGCUCUGCCUGGCGUAGCACCCAGCCCCCUGGCUGUCACUGGGCCAUGCACCCCUUCCAGGUAGCUGCUGCCUUUUUAGACAGGGUUACCAGAUGCCUCCCUCUCGGAGCUGUCACCUGACCUCCUGCCCUUGAUCUGGAGCAUCUCAGAACCCACUUUGCCGGUGCUAAACAGGAGAGGGGUUAGAGUGGCUGCCAGUAAUGGCCAGAACCAACCCAUCGGAGGCCAAGACAAGCUUGGGUGCCUGCCCAUGUCCUCCCAGCCCCUCCUGGGCCCGGGUGGAGCCUGCUCUAGGAAGUGAUACUGCACCUUCCCAGUAGGACUCGGAUUAUAACAAUGUGUGAUGAUGACUGUAGCAAGAAGCCCUUGUUUCUAGAUGUAAAUCGUCAAAGAAACAAGGGCUCUACUGUAUUGAUUAAAUAGUUCCGACGAGUCCUGUUUCAUUGUACUCCUAUUCUGGAUUAGUGCCUUUUGGACAGUAGACUGUUCUGUAAUUAAAAUGUAGUAUACUGCUUUUUUGUACAGUUUUGUUUUAAUAAAACUUUUUUUUAAUUUGUGUUUA